ACAUUUGACAGUUGACACUCGGAGAAAAACAAUCGGAGAUAAUUCAAAUUCUUGCGCCGCCGCAUAGUCUUCCAAGUCAACAUCCAUGGAAAUGGAAAUUUCUAUCCGUUCAGAUACAAUAGGAAUCGCUCAUAUUGCCACAGAGAAGUGGCACCUUUCAAGAGGUAAUUAGCGAGUAAUGAGCAACGCAAUGGCAAAGCUUAUCCUUCUCUGCAUCCCAUGGAGCUUCCUCUCCCUGGCGCCUUCUUCCUCCGCCAGUCGAAACAUGCUCUUCCCCGGCGAUGCACUCGGAUUUUCCGACCAACUGGUUUCCGCCGGCGGAAAAUUCAAGUUUGGGUUCUUCAGGCCCCGCGCUUCCACCAACUGUUACGUCGCGAUCUGGCUCAACGCCGAAGUUGCAGGUUCAGAGGACAAGCAGGUGGUGUGGGUCGCCAAUCGGAACACGCCCAUCUCCGACACUUCCGAAGAUCUCCAAUUACAGAUCGCGAGGGACGGCACUUUGCAAGUUUCUUGCGGGCGGGGCAGGCUUUUUAUAUUAAAUCCUAAGCUACAACAGGGCAAUACUAGUGCUAAUGUCACUGUUACUCUGCUCGACUCUGGAAAUUUGGUAGUGGGCGAAUUUGGCUCUAAUGGGAACAAAACACAAGUGUUUUGGGAAAGUUUCGAUGAGCCGACGGACACCCUUUUGCCUGGAAUGAAAUUGGGAUUCAACUUGAGGACUGGCCGAAAUCGGACGCUAAGUUCAUGGAUGAGCAGAGACGUUCCCACUCCAGGGGUUUUUACUCUUGGUCUGGACCCUGGAGGGUCGCGCCAGUUGAUCCUCUGGUGGCACCAGAGUGUGUAUUGGAGUAGUGGGUUGUGGGAGAAUGGCCGAUUUGAGUAUUUGAUUCCAUUUGGUGGGCAUAAUUUUAGUUAUGUCUCGAAUGGGUAUGAGAGCUACUUUUACUACUCUGCAGGAGAAGGGAUAUUUUUCCCGAGGAUGGUGAUGAACUUUUUGGGUCAAGUGCUGGUUGGGAAUGGGACUAAAACGCAGUUGAGCACAGUGAUUUCUUGUUCUACUUAUCCCACUAAUUAUGGAUGUGUGGAGCAGAAGUUGCCAACGUGCAGGAGCCCUCGGGACUGGAUAGACGGAAGGAAAGAAUCCGUCCAUGGACAUAGGUUUGAGUUAAUGGAAAGCAGCAAUGAGCUGGGUUUCAUUGAUUGUCAGGCCAAGUGUUUGAAGAAUUGCUCCUGUGUGGCUUUUAAUUCCAAGAAUGAUGAUGGUACUGGCUGUGAGAUUUUGGGUAUGGGAAUGGGCUUGACUGACUAUAGUCGUGUGGAAGAUGUCUACAUUGUUCAAUCUCAGACGUUGAUUGAAGUCAAAGAAUUUGCUGGCCGUAAUCCAGCGAGCAUGAUCAAGUGGUGGAUGUGGCUAAGCAUUGCAGCAGGAGCUUCUGGUACACUCUUGCUGUGCACAGCCUGCUACAUAAAAUGGAGAAAACUUAGAGCGAAAGGGGAUAACAGAAUAGAACAAUGGACGAUGUUCAACGAGUUGAGAGGUAAUGCAACACUUUCCAUCUGUUGUGGCAUUUGGAAGAAGCAUGAAAAGACUGGGAAGUCAAAUCACGAGUUGCGAUUAUUCAGCCUUGAUAGCAUUGCAGCUGCCACAGACAACUUUUCAACAACAAACAAGCUUGGCCAGGGUGGAUUUGGACCUGUUUACAAGGGAAAUUUGCUCGAUGGGCAAGAAGUAGCGAUAAAGAGACUCGAGAAAAGUUCAGGACAAGGGCUGUUGGAGUUCCAGAAUGAAAUUAUACUCAUUGCCAAGCUCCAGCACACAAAUCUGGUCAGACUUUUAGGGUGCUGCGUUCAGGGAGAAGAAAAAGUACUAAUCUAUGAAUACAUGGCGAACAAGAGCCUAGAUUUCUUUCUCUUUGAUCCUUGCAGAAGGAAACUAUUAGAUUGGAAAACACGCUUCAACAUUGUUGAAGGGAUUGCUCAAGGACUUGUUUAUCUUCACAAAUUUUCAAGACUGAAAGUAAUUCAUAGAGAUUUAAAAGCCAGCAACAUUUUACUCGACGAAAACAUGAAUCCAAAAAUAUCAGAUUUUGGCAUAGCUAGAAUAUUUGAGUGGAACGAAGCUGAAGCAAACACAAAGCGAGUUGUUGGAACAUAUGGUUAUAUGUCUCCUGAGUAUGCCAUGAAAGGCAUUGUUUCAGUGAAGACUGAUGUAUUCAGUUUUGGAGUCUUACUGGUAGAGAUUGUGACCGGCAAGAAGAUUAUUAGAAGCCAUGAUCAUACAGAACACCCAGUAAAUCUGAUAGGAAAUGCAUGGCAAUGUUGGAAAGAUGGAAGAGCAUUGGAGCUUAAGGACCCAACUUUAGAUGAUUCAUGCCAUAAUGAAGUGUUGAAAUGCAUUCAUGUGGGUCUCUUGUGUGUACAAGACCGUGCCAAGGACAGACCAACCAUGCCAGAUGUUGUUUCUAUGUUGACAAGUGAUGCCAUGAUGCUACCAGGACCAAAGAGACCAGCAUUUCUAAUUGAUGCAGGUGCAGAGGAAAACAACUUAGAAAAUUUUUCCCUAAAUAAUGUAUCGAUAACAUUGGACGCUAGGUAAAGCUACCAACUCAUGUGUGGAUGUAUGCAUGGAUACCAACCAAUACAUGGUUGACAAUUCAUGAGGAAAUUACUUAAACAUCAUGACUAACCAUUUGACACAAACUAUUAGUGUCAUAUAUAUAUAUAUUUUUAUUUUU